CCAAUAGGCGACACGUUUGUUUACCCUUUCGCGCCAAACUAGUGUGGGAGAGAGCGCAAUUGAGAAGAAGAAGGACAUGGUGCAGGUGUGUUUCGUGCUGGAUCUGCGGAGCUUGCCUCCUCCGUUUCUCAGAGACGUAAAGCAGUCCUUACUACAGGUAGCAAAUUUCUACGCCAUUUCAUCAUCGUCUUCUUCUUUGCGUAAAUCUAACUCUCUCAGAGAUAGGAUUGGCUUCUGCUACAUCUUUAAAAAUCGUUUUUCUUCUUCUGAUGAGCUGAAAAUCGCUUACCGUCCCAGAGAAAACUUCAAUCUACGCGACUUCCACCAGGCAGUUAACCAAUUGCCCUUGGAUGCUUUUCUCCCUCAAAUCAAUGAUUCGGCUGCUCUCUGUCAUCCGGGGGAUCUAAAACUUUCAACUAUCCUGAGUGAUCAAUUUUUAUAUUCCUGGGGAACUGGUAAGGAUAUCGCGAGGAAAGUGAUAGUUCUGAGCUCAUGCUUUCCAGAAGAUGUAGACUCUAUCAUGCGAAAAUCUCUAACGGAUGCAGCAGACAAGUGUGUUUCAGUCGAGUUUAUGUUAUUUGAGCAAAAAUCAGGCCAUCUCACUGAUACACAGCAAAAUAUGAACAAUUUCUUCAGAUAUAUCUCUGAUCUAGAUAAUUGCUCGUUUCAAACAUAUCUCCCAGAUGUCAGAGUGUUGCAUGGCCUGGUUAAACGAUGGAAAGCAGAUCUAGAGGACGAUGCGGAAGAACCAUUGCAAGCACAUUUUCUCUUUAAGAACAACCUUGUAGGCUCAGUGAAUCAGAUCUCCUGUAACUUGUACAUAUCUGUCAAUAAAAUAAUUGAUGGCUUCAGUCCCUGCCAGACAUGCAGUUGUCAUGGAAUUCCAUUAGAAGAUGGCAUAAGAAACAGGUCAGGAGGACCAUCUUGUCCAGCCACCGGCCAUGAUCUGGGAAAAGAUGCUGUGAUGGAAAAUUCGGUGAAGGUUGGAGAAAAUAUAAUGCUCUUUCUGCCGUCAUGCCAGAGCUCGAUGAAAUUUCAGAAAAUUUCUUCAUCAUUUGACUUCAAUGUUGUGGAGCGGAUUAACUUGGGGUCUCUAAGUGAAGGUAGUAUAAUGGGGGAUUCCUAUGUGGUAAUUCCAUCAGCUUGUCAUGAGAUAGAAGUUGCUUCAGAUGACAUAGAACAGUUAGAGUUGAAUGCUCAACUUUUUCGAGGGCUUUGCAGUGCUUUAUAUUCGCUAGACCAAGGUUUGGUAUGCUCCUCCAGUUGUAAUAUAGAAACCAUGAAAGAGGCUGCUUUCCACUGCUAUUAUAUUCUUCAACCUUCAGACAAUGGCCCAAUGCUUCUCAGGCGUCUUGCGGGAUCAGAGGAAGUCUCUUGUGUUCCUGACCUCAAUCAAUGUAUUCAUGCUUCAGUGACCAAGGAAAUUCAGAAUUCCAUUCAAUCUUCUUUGUCAAUGAUCGAACUAAAAGACUAUGAUCCGAUGGUGCAUGAGAGAGGCUUCCAUCAAAAACUAAACUUGCUUGUCAAAGAAAGCUUACAAUUUGGGUCAUUACCUCCUAAAUUUAAAGAGGCAGCCUCUGAACCGAAGAUCACUCAACCUGACUCUUUAGAAGAGAUUGUACAAUCAAACUCAGGAUUAGAUGUUGUACUUGUGGAAGCGGAAUCCCCACAGUUUGAUGUGCCCUUGGGAGAAGACAAAACAAGCGCCCAUAUUACAGAAGAAUGGGAGCAGCUGGUUGUUAAUGAAGUUCCAAAAAUAUAUUCUUCAGCUCGUAUUUCCAAACACAAGUUGGAUCAAUCAGUUCUAUCGCCUGCAAAUAGUAAUAGGCAGCUGGAUGUAAAAACUUCAAGGAUUUUAGAGAGACUGGAGGUCCCCAGACGGUUAAAAACAAAAGCAUUUUCUCCUGUUACCACAAGCAGUGGGAUGAUGGAUACUUGUGUUCCAAGGAAGAAACCUCUUACCCCACUGCUGUCCGCUGAUGCUACUGCAAGCCAGUUAAUGAAACCAAAUUUCCAGAGACUAAAAAGGAAACAUAAAUGAAAAGAAGGCUGCUGCUAGUGUUUAGCAUGGAGUUGUUCUUGCAAAAAGGUCAAUGAGGUUUGCUUGUUUCUUUCUUUCCUAUUUGCUUUGUUCUUCCUGUUUCCAACAUUUUGAAGCACCCUGAAUAUCCACAAACUGCCUGAGAGGAAGUUCAUAUAAUAUUUUCACGGAGGCUGAUAUAUAUUAAUGCAACAUUGAUGUGAGGUUUCAUA